AUGGAUCUCGCGCCGGUCUCCUUCCACGACCGAAUCGACAAAUUGCCCGAUUUCAAUGAGAUUCCGACUCAAGAGGGGGUGCCCCCGUCGGCGACCUGGGGCCUAUGGGAUCGAGACGGCCAGAAGGAUGAACUGGGGACUUUGAACCUCUUGACACCGGCAGUGAUCAAAGAGGCGGCUAAGGAGAUUCGUGAAGGUAUCUCGGUGUCAUUGAACCUGGCCCUCGAUCAACCUUCUAUCGCAAUCUUUCGUCGCCAGGGCCUCCAACACACGAUCCGGGAUAACAGCACCUUCAGCUCAUCCCAGAGCUUUGACGACACGGUUCUCUUCAACACCCAGGCCGGGUCGCAGUGGGACGGUCUCCGUCACAUUGUCCACGAUAAUGGACUGCUCUAUAAUGGCGUGACCAAGGAUGAGGUCCUAGGCCCCAAAGCAACCACCAAGCUUGGGAUACAUAAAUGGCACGAAAAGGGCGGCGUCACCGGUCGAGGCGUCCUGAUCGAUCUGGUCAAGUACGCCCAGCGCCACGAGAUCAAAUACGACCCGACAAAAUACUUUGGGUUCACGAGUCGAGAUUUGGAGGUUGCAGCCCGUGAGCAGGGCCUCACCUUCAAACAGGGUGACAUACUCCUGGUGAGAACCGGUUUCGGCAAAUGGUACAACGAAUGUAACGAUCCGACCAAGAGAGACGCGUGGUUCUUGGACGAGGCGCGAGAAUCGGCGGGCGUGCAGGCAGACCAUGAGACCGUCUCGUGGGUGUGGAACCACCAUUUCUCUGCCGUCGCUGGGGAUUCUUUGGCUUGGGAAGCUAUGCCCUUGCCCAAAGACAGUCCUUCUUUUCAUCAAUACUUGCUACCCUCCUGGGGGACACCGAUCGGAGAGCUGUGGGAUCUAGAAGGACUGGCUCAGCGAUGUGAAGAGUUCGGUCGGUAUUCGUUCAUGCUGGUCAGUGUACCCUUGAAUAUCCCAGGUGGUGUGGGAUCACCGCCGAAUGCAGUGGCCAUUCUAUGA